AUGUCGCUAUUCGGAGAGCCCGAGGCGGACGAGAGUCCGUCCAUGACCUCGUCGUUCGCCCGCUCUCGGCAGUCGCUGUUCGACGAGGAGGACUCGAACAACCCGUCCAACUCGAACUCCCUCUUCCAGGACGACGACGUAGCCCGCAGCGGGACAGCGUCGCCAUGGGACAUGCCCACGCCGCGCAAGCAGCACUCGAGGGCCGAAAUCGUCCGCAACCUCCUGCCCGCCUCCGACGUGCCGGAUAGCUACAUCGAGACGUUCGACAGCGUGGUACGCGAGAAUGGCAGCGGGGGCAAGGUCGCGUCCGGGGGCGUUAUGCGCGUCCUCGCUGCUGCCAAGAUGGGCGCGGACGAUCAAGCCAGAAUAAUGGGUAUAAUUGCGGCGGGCGGCGGGGAGGUCGCUCUUGGGAGGAACGAGUUCAACGUGUUCCUGGGCCUCAUUGGCCUCGCCCAGGAGCACGAGACGAUCAGCCUGGACGGCAUCGACGAACGCCGAAGAAAGGCCGCGCCUCCUCAGACACAUGUCCCUGAAGAGCAUCCUGCAGAGAUCAACCCACCCUUGAAUGGCCAUGGCGAUAGCAAUGGCGCCCGCGAACCCACCGGACCGCCUGCACGCACAACCUCGACCUUCACCACAGCUUCAAUAGAGUCUGUAGGAGAGCCCGUCCCGGCCCCGACGCGUCAGGACUCGUUCCCGCCGGCUACUUCUCCAGGAGCCGGCUGGGGUACCGGUGAUUUCUUUGGCGGCACCCCGGUGGGCAAUCCUGUGGCGUCGAACCCGGUGACAAGUCCUUUCGGAGCACCAGCGGGUAUCAGCGUGGGUAGGGAGCAUGCCGACCCACGGGCUGGCCCUAUCUCAAAUAGGACGAUAGGUAGCGGCAGGACCGGCAGCGGCAUCGAGGAGCAUAUUGUUGUGAACCUGCUGCCCGAGAAAGAGGGCAUGUUCAUGUUCCAACACCACAACUAUGAAGUAGGAAGCGCCAGGAGGGGAAGCAAGGUAAUCCGGAGAUACAGUGAUUUCGUGUGGUUACUGGACUGCUUGCACAAGAGGUAUCCUUUCAGGGUGUUGCCGCUCCUCCCUCCAAAGAGAGUUGCCGUCAAUGGGAACCACCUGUCGAACGAUGGUGCCUUUAUCGAGAAACGACGCCGAGGCCUUGCCCGGUUCCUAAACGCGGUGUCGAGGCAUCCCAUCCUCAGUCAAGAGCAGCUGGUCAUCAUGUUCCUGACGGUGCCCACCGAGCUCGCCGUCUGGCGGAAGCAAGCCACCAUCUCCGUGCAGGACGAGUUCGCCGGCCGUGCUCUCCCGCCAGGGCUGGAGGACUCGCUCCCCGCCGAGCUCGAGGAGCUCUUCCUGCGCACGCGCUCUGGCGUGCGGCGGAGCGCCGAACUGUACAUUGGCGUCUGCAGCGUUAUGGACCGCCUCGUCAAGCGCAGCGAGGGCGUCGCGGCUGACCACGCCAGGAUCGCCCUCUCGCUGACCUCCCUGACAGAGGCCACCGCCGACACGUACGCCACCGACACGAACGAGGUGCCGCUGGUCAACGACGGCCUGAUCGCCAUGAGCAAGCACCUGCGUACGUCGCAGACCCUCAUGGAGGACGAGGCGCGCGCGUGGGACGAGGGCGUGCUGGAGGACCUCAAGAGGCAGCGAGACGCGCUGGUGAGCGUGCGUGACCUAUUUGACCGACGGGAGCGCCUGGACCGGGACAACAUCCCCGCCCUGGAGAGGCGCAUCGACAACAACGAGACAAAGCUGGCGAACCUGAGGGCCAAGCCCGAUGGCCUGAUCAAGCCGGGCGAGAUCGAGAGGGUCGUGGAGGCUAUCAUCAAGGACAAGGAGUCCAUUGUCAACCAGCACAACCGCUCUGUGUUCGUCAAGGAGUGCAUCCGAGACGAGCUCAUCACCUUCCAGUCCACGCAGUACCACGUCUCGCGGUGGAACCAGGACUGGGCCCAGGAGCGCGUCAAGUACGCGGAGAUGCUGGCGGAUAACUGGCGCCGGCUCCUCGACGAGCUUGAGGGCAUGCCCCUGGGAGACUAG